CGAGACCGCAAUUUCUAUGGCCUGGCCGACCGUUUUGAACUUCCUUAAGCAGGAGGAGAAAAUGGCUAUAAAGCUCAGUCGACUCAGUCCUUGGCUUGUCCCAGAGCGGUGUCCCUUCAAUCAAGCCGUGGGAUUGGACAGUGAAGGAAUUCACGCGAUUCCUUAUUCCAGUUGUCUAUCUGAGGGCCAAUUCCACGUACCAAGGAGAGAAAAGUGCCUUCUUUUCAAGAAAUAGCCACAGUCGCCUCUGCAUUCCCCGCCUCACCGCCUUUAUCUUCGAAAUUACUGGGAUUUCGGGAUCAUUCCAGGGUCUGGCCGAGAGAGAGAGAGAAGGGAAAGUUGCAGAGCGACUCAGAGCCCGUGCAGAGAAUUAAAUUCUGUUUCUUUUUCCAGAGGGGCAAAAGGGUAGCUGGUUUUCUUUUGGAGGGAGGAGGAAGCUGCGCCUGCGACCCACCAUAAGUGCUCGUCUUCCUCUGUAGGUGAACAGGGGAACAGAACUGGUGGGCAUUUUAGGACGAGAGGUAAUCAUUCAUCUACCUUCUUCUUCUUCCUCUCUGUUUCUCCGGAGAAAGACUGCGAAGAUCCAAGUAUGUUGGAAGGGAGGGCUUUGAUUCAAGACACUGACAUGCCGACAAAGAUGCAGAUCCAUGCUAUGACUUCUGCAUCUCACGCUCUUGAUCUCUACGACGUCUUAGACUGCAAAAGCAUUGCUGCCCACAUAAAAAAGGAGUUUGAUGCGAUAUAUGGCUCUGGAUGGCAGUGUGUUGUGGGUUCUAAUUUCGGUUGCUUCUUCACUCAUUCUGAGGGCACCUUCAUUUACUUCUGCCUGGAGACCCUCCGGUUCUUGAUAUUCAAAGGGGCCGGCAAGUGAUCUUCUUCGCCAUUUUGCUUUCUGGUGUCCGAUAUCUUGGUAUCAAUUUUGAGUUGCUGUAUACUUUCGCUUUCUCCCUCUCUCUUUCUCUCUCGCGUUAAGAGGAUGGGCCUGGAUGUUCAUCCCUGUUCUUCGACACACUUGCCAAUAUGGCACAUUGUACACGUUUCAUCCUGGUUUCUCUCUUUUUCCUGGAACUGUCAAUGUAUAUUUGAUCCGUGUUUCUCUAA